AUGAAAUAUCCUCCAACCACUUGGGACGAGAUCCAUAAUGCUUAUUGUGUCGAAGUCCGAGCAGAUGAGGAUGACCUCCAUGGACCAACUCAUCGGCUCAUCUCGGUACAAUCCGAGUCCAGGAAAGAACGAAGAGACAACGUUAGGAGGUACCACCCGGUCUCGCGACCCAUCAGGGAACGACACCAGCCAUACAUCAGGUCCCCCGCCACAUCUUCCCUCCACUAUGAAGAAGGCCCGUCUAGGCUGAGGACUGGGACUCACCGAAAUGAGAGAGUCUAUGCUCUUGAGAAGCUCGGAACAAAGGUAAAGUGGCCGUCAAAGAUGAGGUUCGACUCAAGCACCAAAAAAUCUGACGCCCUCUGUGAGUUCCACCAGGAGCGUGGGCACAAAAUAGAAGAUUGCAUAGUCCUCAGACAAGAAGUCGUAAACAUGUUGCGGCAGGGACACCUCAGAGAGCUGUUAAGUGACAAAAGGAGAAAUAACUUCGCCGAAGGACUUGAACACCAAGGUCCGCUGAAGCCGCCAUCACCAGCUUGUACUAUCAACAUGAUCAUCGACGGUGGUGAUGAUGCCUCCAUCAACGGCAUGAAGUUUACCACCACUCACAAGCUCAAGCGAUCUAUCACCCGCGAAUGGUAUGACAAACUCGAAGAAAGUAUCACCUUCAAUGAAUUAGAUGCCGAUGGUUUGACUUUCCGUCAUAACUAUGCCCUCGUCAUUACUUUACGCAUUUUAGAUACUGAUGUUAAACGUAUAAUGGUGAACGAUGGAAGUGGAGCGUGA